AUGGACGCUUCUGUUCCUGUGUUUGAAAAAUCUCACCCCCGCCUAAGUGUCUUGGAUUGGACUAGAAAUAUACAGCACUUGCAAAAUGAAGCAAGACUACGACGCUUUGAGGGGUAUGAACUCAGACAAAGGGGAAAUAAAUUACGUAAUGAAACUUCAGUUACUACGAAAUGGGAUACUUACGUUAAUAAUGAGCUACUGCGAGACAGAAUAUUCGAAGUGGAAUCGUGGCGGGAAAAGCAGCGUUUUACGCGGGAGCAGGUAAGAGAUGAGAGCAGAGCGCUUAAAGAAGAGAAGAAUGCAACAGAAUUACACCUGGAAUCACUUCAAGUGCCGUUAAUGGUUGUGUCUCAGUGUUUGUCCAAUAGAGAUCAACGAUUGCCGCCAGAAUUAACGAGGGAUCAACUUGGGGAGGAAUUGAAUAAGGAACUUCACAUAAUCGAAAACAGCAAGCGCGUAUUAACAGACGUGUGUCACAUGGGGUGGGAGAAAUUGAAAGAACUGACGAACGUGUUCUGCAGGCUGGAGAGAGAGAUACAGAAUAAAGAUGACGCGUUGUUUAUAGAGAGAUACGUGAAGGAUUUGGACAGGGAAAGCUCGGGGAUAUCGUAUAAGAUGGAUCCUACUAGGAUUCCUCCUGAAUCGAUGACCGAGGAAAGUUACGUUCACUGUAUCGAAAAUACAGUAAAGAUUGCUCAACAAUUAAUGAGGGAAUCUAAAAGUUUACGAGAGACAAUGUUCAAGAGUAGGGAGCAGGCGCGGAACCAGAUGUUUGCUCAAAGCCAGCAAGUGGAAAUGGUGAUGAGGAGGCGAGUGUUCGAUAUCCAGAGAGCAAGGAAUGAAAUGGAAUGGCAGAAAAUGAAGCUGGAACAAAACCUCACCAAAUUAGACAGGGAGAUAGAAUCUCUUCGUGCGGCCGUAGCCGAUAAGAUCAAUCCGACUAAGUUAGUCGAGACUCGACUAGAAGCAAGGACUAGACGACCGGUGCUGGAACGAGUUCAGGAUAAACCUAUGCGAGGCUUAAUUGAGGAAUACGAAAGAGUGCACACGAGUAGCAACUUACUGGAGAAGAAAUUAGAGGAUGCACUCACAACAUAUCACGGUAUGUACAACCAUCACCAACGAGUCACAAAGGGUUUACAAUACAAGAACCAAGCGUUGGAAACCGAUCGGCGUUUGAUAGAAAUACGUAAACCGUUACACAGCGCGGACGACACUGAGUUUAAACGUAACAUCGGUUAUUGUCACAUGAGUGAUGAAUUGGUUACCGAUUAA